AUGAUCUGGACCUCCAUUGUAAGUUCUCUUUUUGAUACAUUAUCCGUCUAAAAACCCGGCCAUUCUCGAACAAAAAUAAAUCAUAGGACACCCGCAACGCCGUCAUCUCGUCGCUUUUGCCAGGCGCCGUCGCGGCCAUCGGCUUCACUCAGGUCGAUCAAGCCGACACCAUCUGGUACAACGUGAGUUCAACUCCAAUCUCUUCAGAGAAAAUAAAUACAAAAAUUUUCAGGCCCUCCGCAAGCCCAACUACGCGGUCAAGGACAUGAGCUGCUGUGCCGUCGGCGACGUUUUGGCCCUCUCGCCACUCGGCUACGCAUCCUACCUUGUUUACAAACAGGCUGGAGGUACAUCACUUGUUUACUCAAAGAUGAAAAUCUAUUUUCAAAACCGAGAAUGAUGCAAAUUUGCAGGUCUCGACACGACUGACGCCAAAAUCGGUCUCGGACUGUACGCCGCCAGUCUUCUCCUGGCUCUUUCCAAGAUCCCAGCCAUCAAGAGCAGGGACCUCAGCAGCGUUAGUUGUUCAACUCACGGAAAAGACUCAAAUUUGUACUUUUUAGUUGUGGAAGAACACGACUCUUGUCCACUUGACCGGCGCUGGAGCCGCCUACUAUUUCUACAAGGUGAGAGAAUUUUCUUCCUUGAGGCGCUGUAAAGUUAUAAAAAAGAAGGAAACAAAAAUUUCAAAAAAGGCGCUUUAGAUUUUCUGGAAAAUUUUAAAAUAAUUUUUCGACAAAAGUUGGAACAUGGUUUUUUUUAUGUGAAUCUUUCAACUUUUUGAAAAUUUUCUUGCUGGGUUUUCAGGUCAUUGUAAGCAUGAAAGUUCGAAAAAAUAUGCUCGAUAAGCUUGAAAAGGUUUUUUUUAAUUAUCGCUUAGACGAGCUUUUUCAAAAACCAAGCUUUGUGUUUUCAAAUGCCAGCAAGAUUUCUAUAAGUUUUUUGAAGACUUCAUGAACUUUUCGAAGUUUUCAAAGAAAAGUUUGCCUUAAAUAUAAAAUUAAAGCUGAAGGUUCUCAAAUUUAACUGAAAAUAUUUGCAGAUCCACAACAACGCGGGACUCUUGCUGCUUCCAUACGUCCUGUGGUCCGGCUACCACGCUCUCGCCUUCUUCGCGAUGAGCCCCGACUCGGAAACUCACCCCAAGAAGGCCUUCUAA